GUUAUCCUUCACCCAUAUCGGUGAAAUCGUUACACUAAAGGUUGUGUUUACAAUUCUAAUAAUAUAGUUGGAACUAGUUUGGAAGCAAAAGAUAUCAAAAGCUUGAACCAAUCGGGAUCGUCCACUAUGUUUGAAAUUCUACCUAUGGACUGUCCGAGCGUUUCCACGUCCCUAAUGGUCGGUUUGGUCGCCCUGUGUGUGUACCAGCUCGUGGUAUGGUACAGACGAUACAGGCGUUGGCUGGCGGUGUACGACAAGUUACCAAGUGACAGAGACACCCACUGGUUCUUUGGUCACAUGCACAGACAUCCAGGUGCGGGAGAGGACGGUAUUCAGUUUAAUUUCAGCUUCGUGCGCCCUUUCCCGCGUUUUCACGCGCUCUGGUUCGGUCGGAUUCGCUGCGUGCUGAUCGUGCAUCAUCCGGAAACUGUGAAAGUUAUCCUGCGUGCUUCCGCACAUGUAGCCAAGAAACCCCGCGGCCCUGGUACGGCGUACAUGCUGGGGAUAAAAUGGCUGGGCGAGGGCCUCCUGAUUGCCAAUGGGGACAAAUGGGCGCGAAACCGACGUCUGCUCACUCCCGCCUUCCACUUUGACAUGCUCAAGUCAUAUCUGAGCAAGCAGAAUGCGUGUACGGAUGUACUGAUGAGCAAGAUUGAAGGUUUCGCUACAUCCGGUAAGCCAUUCGAGGUGUUCAGACAUCUGGGCCUGUGUUCCUUAGACAUCAUCUCGAGAUGCGCUUUUUCACGGGAGACAAACUGUCAGACAGAUGGAGAGAAUAAUCCGUAUGUACACGCGGUGCACCGUCUAACUGAUCUUUGGGUCAAACGGUCCAUUAACAUUUUCCAGGCGUUUGACGUCAUCUACUUUAACUUCACGCGAGACGGCAGGGAAUUCACGAGACUUUGCGAGCUCGUGCACGAUGUCUCAGAAGCUAUGAUACAGAAACGCAUUGAGACAAUGAAGCAGCGUACAGACGGACAGAUAAGCGAGGGCCUGGACUUCCUAGACAUCAUAUUGCAGGCUCGGGACGAAGAUGGGCGUGGGCUCACAUUCAAUGAGGUCAGGGACGAGGUGGACACUUUCCUGUUUGAAGGUCAUGACACGACCACGUCGGCGCUCAGUUUCAUUCUCUACGCACUGGCGAAUCACCCGGAAAUACAGGAGAAAUGUCGUCAGGAAAUCGACGCCAUUUUCAUGGGAAGAGACACUGACGUCAUAGAAUAUCAAGACCUGUGCAAGAUGGAGUACCUCACCCAGUGUAUCAAGGAGGGGCUCCGUCUCUUCUGCCCUGUGUUCUUCAUACAAAGACAAAUGACGGAAGCCGUGACUUUGGAGGGAUACCACAUUCCCGAAGGUACCCAUGUAGCCCUUGAUAUCUACAACUUGCACCACAACACCACGGUCUGGGGUGAGGACUAUGACGAAUACAAACCAGAGAGAUUCGAAUCGGAGACUGCGCGACAGAUGGACCCGUAUGCCUAUCUGCCAUUCAGUGCCGGGCAAAGGAACUGCAUCGGGCAAGUAUUUGCCAUGAACGAACUGAAAAUUGUGCUAUCUCGACUUAUACACAGGUACACAUUUACUGUUAAGGAAGGACAGACUAUUAGAAAGAAGCUUGGAGUUGUCAUGAGAACGGAAAAUGGAAUAUGGCUGGACGUAAAGAAACGAGUAAAAAUGUGAUUUGAAGAAAAAAAUGUAAAAAUGUAAAGAAGUGUUUAGUUACUAUGAUCAGUUUUGCGUGUAUAUGCUUACUGUUUUGAUAUGAUUCAAUAAACAUUUUCACAGUACGACAAAAAAUGCUCUUUUUAUAAUUAAAAAGUGUUGAACAUGGCGACGUCGUCAACACGUUUCGCAUUAUGUAUGAAUGCAGUUAACAUUUAUCAAUAAUACAUCUGAGCCGAUCCGUGAAACAAUUAGCCUUAUCGACAAAGAAAACAUUAUUGGAUAAUUGUAAUUUUGAAUACUGCAUUGUGUUUUGAGUUCGUAGGUGCACAUACAAUUAUGAUAAUUAACACUCAAGGUAUGAGCACUUUGUUGGCAUUAAGUAAAAAUAAGAUGUUAUAUCAGAUGUUAAAAGACAUGGCAUUGCAAAAAUGCGAACUAAUGCGAACUAAUAAGCUGAAAACUAAUUUUUAAUAAUGGCAUUUCUUGACAAUUAAAAUAACUAGAUCACACAUUCAAAUAAGAAUAUAUGCAGUAUAUAAAAACAAGAGAAAUAACAUUCUUGACUAAGACAAAUUAAAAAAAAUAUGUUGGUUUAUUGGUUAACAUUAUCUUAAUCGCCAAUUAAACGUUAAAUGCGUUUGAAAGCCCUACAUUUAAAACUUUGCAGAAAUAUAUAUUAUUAUUGUGUUAGGCUUUUAGUUCAAAUUUAGAUGUUUAAAUCUGCAUGUGAAGUGAUGAUGAACUAGCUUUUGCUUACAUAAUUCCGGGCUCGAUCUCACGGCAAGACACAUUUGUUAAUUGUUUCGUUUUCUUUGUUAUUAUAAUUAUUAAAACUAUUCCAAAUGUA